AGAAAAGAAAAAAAAAAGGAAAAAAAGCCUCCGUCUCAAACUUGGUUUGCACGUGGAUUGUGGGUGCGACCCGCCCUACGAAUGGAGAUCCAAUUGCACAACGUUACCUUUGAAGAGAUUCCCAAACAGUUGGAUAAAAUGAUGACAGGGUUUCGUCAUAGGCGUCUUGUUUCAUGAGCAGAUACUAAUAAGCUCUGUACCCUGCCAACACCCCCACCACUGGGCAGCACUAUGACAUCGUUUUGCAGCAAACGAAGAGGGUCCUUUCUCAAAGCCGAGAAUAUGUAUGUAAGUCAAGAGGAGGAACUUGCGGAGAGGAGAACAGGGGGAAAGUAAAAAAAAAAUCCAUUCGUAUAGAAUAGCCGAAAUUUGAUGGACAAAGUUUCCGCAAGUGAUUCCGCAC